UCAGACACAGUCAGAGCAGCAACAGUCAGACACACAGUCAGAGCAGCAACAGUCACAGAGAAGAGACAACAUGGACAUGACACUGGUGAGUGAACACUGAGGAGGAGAGGGGUCCUGAUGGAGGACCACUGAGGAGAGGAUGAGGAGGAGAGCACUUAGUUUGGGCUGACAGGAGGGGGGAGGAGAAAGGGGAGUCCAGGUGGACACAGGUGAAUCUCUGAGGAGAGCAGGGAAACAGGUGAAAAUAGAGGGGAGAAAAAAAGUUUAGGAGUAGGAGAAGAUGCAGAAGAAGAGGCUGAAGGGUGUCCCGCUGAAGGGUGUCCCGCUGAGAGCUCAGGUGAAGGAGGCUAACUUGGCUCCUCUGUGUCUCCUUCCACAGGUCUCCAUCAUCACGGCCGUCCUCCUCCUGAGCCUCCACGCUGCUCCAGCCUGGAGCUCAAAGCGGCAACGAUGCUACAGCGAAGAAGAGCUGAGUGAAGCUGCCGAGAAGAAGCUCAGCACCUACUACCUUCAGUCCCACAACCUACCAGCAAGAGGCGCUGUAGCCUCCGACUCCACCACCUCCUUCACCUGCCCUUUGCAUUUGUACCAGCAACAGCAGAAUCUUAAAAUCAGCAUGAGAUCGGUGUCUCCCUGGACAUACGUAAUCAAAACCAUGGUCGACCAUUACCCAUCAUCAUAUGCAGAGGCGAAGUGUCUGUGCACCGGCUGUAUCCUAAUGGAAGAAGGGCACCUCCCGGUGGAGAGUGAUAACUAUGUCAGUAUACCGCUGAUGCAGAGCCGUCUCUUCCUGAAGAGGGAGCUGUGCAACGGCGGAUCGAAGUACCAUCUCACACCCGUGACCCUGGACGUAGCCGUGGGCUGCGUUUGUCUAAAAUCAAGGAGCAAAGAGGUCUAAGACGAAACACUGACACCUGCUGGGAGCUUCCCUCAGUACACCUGAUUUCAACGCGAUCUGAGCAACACUGACACCUGCAGGUUCAUACAGUCGCUAGAGGGACACAAACCUAAAUAAGAAGCAACGACCCCUCCCAAAGUCACUCAAGCGAACUACACCUGGAUUUACUGACAUCUGCAGGUUUUGGACAAACACUACACCUAAAUGUAAUCGUUAUUUAAUAGACAUGUAUUUAUUUAUUUAUUUAGAUAAUUUAUUCAGGUGAAAUAUGUUCUCAAUGAAAACUUUGACUCGUACUUUAAACCCCGCCCACUUCACACACAGGCGAAACACAAACAAACAAAACAGUGAUGAAAAUAUUUUUUAAACUAGAAAGUAAUUUAUAUUAUUAGACAAUAUUUUGUCUACUGAGGUUUAUUAUAUUUUUUGGUCUUUGUAUAAAAAAAUUCUUUUUUAUUUUCUUAUAUAUUUAUUGACUUUUUUCUAAAAAAUCCCUGUAAUUUAUUAUUUUUUUUAAAUUUUCUUAUCUUUAUGGCGACGUUGACAUUUUAAUCCAGUUUGUUUGUUUGUUUUUACUCCUGUUUCAGGGCGGACUUGUAGCCAAGAGUUGAAUUCAAACCUUUUUACUUUUGUUUCUAAAUUGUUGUAGCAGUAACCGGAGCAUUUUGGUUGUUUUUCCUAUAGAUUUUUUUUUUGCUGCCAUAAAACCACAGCAUGCACUUCUCUGUGAAGAGUUUUAUAGUUUUGUACCGCUGUUCAUUUUGAUAUAUGUGUUAAUGUAUUUAAAUAUGAAGAUAUUUAUUGUUGUACGUGAUGACGAUGCGGCAGCAUCUUAACGGUUUAAAGGUUCAUCAAUGGACGUAGAAACAUUUAAAUAUAUUGUUUUAUUUAUGUCGUAGAUGUUUUGUCCCAGUGGGACUUUGAUAAUGACGAUGAUGAAGAGUCUGACGAAGACGUCGAUGUUCAGCUUCUUUGAAGCGAAACCAAUAAACGCAAAGAUAAAGAAAAUCUGUUUGGUUUUGUUUUGAACUGUCAAAGAAAGAUGUCAACACGAAGGUAGAGUUAGCAGGUUAGCUAAAAUAGUUAGCGAAGAGAUUACUGAAAGUCUAGUUAGAGUUAGUUAAACGAAAACUGCUACAUUUGCUAAAAUAGGAACAUAACGUUGGCUGUGAUAAAAAAAUAAAAAUAAAUAAAAUUUAACGAAUUUUUUAUUAUUAUUUCUACUCACAAGAGUACUUAAUAA